CCUGCCCCUCCUCGUCCGGGAUGCUGCUGCCGCUGCUGCGGAGUAGCUGUUUCCCUUCCUCCUCUCCCGGCGGCGGCAGCGGCGGCGGCAGCGGCGGCGGCUUGGACGCGGGCGCAGGGGACCGGCCGGAGGCACAGCUGCAGCGCGGAAUCCGCGGGCUGCCGGGGCCGCUAGAGCGGGCGGACGUCGAGCCCGGGGCCGACCCCCGGCGCGCGGCGGAGGCCGAGGGGGCGCCAGGGCCCGGGGCGCGCGGCCCGGGAGCGGGCGGCGGCGGGCGGCGGGCCGAGCGGGAGCCGUAUGCGUGCAUGGAUCCGGCCGCCGCGCUGCAGAGGCGGGCCGGGGGCGGCGGCGGCCUGGGCGCGGGCUCCCCGGCGCUGUCGGGCGGCCAGGCUCGCCGGAGGAAGCAGCCCCCCAGGCCGGCCGACUUCAAGCUGCAGGUCAUCAUCAUCGGCUCCCGUGGCGUGGGCAAGACCAGCCUGAUGGAGCGCUUCACCGACGACACCUUCUGCGAAGCCUGCAAGUCCACCGUGGGUGUUGACUUUAAAAUCAAAACCGUAGAGCUAAGAGGAAAGAAAAUCAGAUUACAGAUCUGGGACACAGCAGGGCAGGAGAGAUUCAACAGCAUUACCUCAGCUUAUUACAGAAGUGCCAAGGGGAUCAUACUAGUAUAUGAUAUCACUAAGAAGGAGACUUUUGACGAUUUGCCAAAAUGGAUGAAGAUGAUUGAUAAGUAUGCCUCAGAGGAUGCAGAACUUCUCCUAGUUGGAAAUAAGCUGGACUGUGAAACUGACCGAGAAAUCACCAGGCAGCAGGGAGAGAAGUUCGCACAGCAGAUAACUGGGAUGCGGUUCUGUGAAGCAAGUGCCAAGGACAACUUCAACGUGGACGAAAUAUUUCUGAAGCUUGUUGAUGACAUUCUGAAAAAGAUGCCUCUGGAUAUUUUAAGGAACGAGUUGUCCAAUAGUAUCCUCUCAUUACAACCAGAACCCGAGAUUCCACCAGAACUGCCUCCACCUCGACCACACGUUCGAUGCUGUUGAUUUGCUCCUUUGGAGACAAAGUGGAAGUGAUUCCUGGAAAGGGGAAAAUGUUCUCUUCUGCACUACAAUCAUCUUGACAAUUUCCUUUCGCACUUUGUAAUCCAAGUCAGAGCUACACACUAACUUGUAAAUAUGCAGAUAUGCAAUCCUGGGUAAGUUUUGGUUAUCGAUUCCACAUUUCCCUCCAAAUUAUUACAUUUCAUCCAUUAUCCCAGCCUCUAGUGUACAUAUACUGGGAAACAUAGUACUUCUAAUAUGAAGAAUGGGAGAAAUGAAAGGUAUAAUGUUUCUUGAAAUAAAUAAUAUAAUUGUCCUCGUUAAUUAUAUUAGGAGGACAGAAGAUAUUCUGAUAAGAAGAAAGAAAGUGGUGCUUCGCUUACUGUUUUAAAGAAAAUUUGUAAAACUAAAGACUUUUUGGGAAAAAAAAAAAGCUAUCAUAAGUGCUUUUUCUUUACACAAGACCUUUCCCCCCAGCCGUAGCAUCUCUGAAGUAUGGGAGUAUUUCUGCCGCAGGCAGAGUUGCGUUCCUAGCCGUCAUCGAGGGUUAUUUAUUGAUGUUAUGUCACGGUAGAGUGUCGCUGGUUAGAGGGUAGGGGUCGACUUGGUCCUGCAGCCGCAGAAUCCCUCUCAUGGUAUCCUAACGGACAUACCCUGUGCUUUUAAGAACUACAAAGAUUCAAUAAAGAAAGAAGUGUUUUUGAAAGUAUAGAAGAAGAUUUUAAAACAACGCUGCUGUCCUAAACAAAUCCUGUUUAAAGGAAUUUUAAAGAGAUACAUUUUACUAUAUCAAAGAACAUACAUGUAUUUACCUGAACAUUCUAUACCUUUGUAAUGGUAAAACUUCUCCCCUUUAUGGUGAAGCUUAUUCCCAUUAAGCCUAGACUGUGUUUCUUUUUUCUUUUUUCCUUUUUUUUUUUUUUUUUUUUUUUUUUUUUUUUUUUUUUUUGGGGGGGUCUGAUAAUGGAUUUGUGAACUCUACCUUUGGUAUAUCUUUUAUUAAAACUGCACUGUUUUGUUUAGUCAAGGUAAAUAAGUAAUUAUGUAUUUGAAUAACUUGGCGUGUCUUGAGUGUUGUGAUAUGAAAAGCAUUGUGGUCUUUCUACACUAAUGAAGUGCAAAUAAAAUUUUGUAUUUAUGAAUGA